AUGUGGAUUAUGUCUCUAUCUCUGCUUUGUUAUGUUUCCUCUGGCUCCUGUGGUCGACCUUCAAGACAGAGCUUCUGUAGCAGACGUAACAUUCUCAUGGAAAGGCUUGGGACUAUUUUUCCUGGCCUAUCUUCUCUACUCUUCUUGCUGGCUUUUGGCCUUUGUUGGUCGCUCUUUCUCACUUCAAUCUCAUCCUUUUUGCGUUUCAUGGUGCUGAUCUGUUGGCUUCUUUACCAUGUUCAUGUGCUGCUUUUAUGGAAGAUGGAUGGCUCUUCUUCUCUUGCUUCCCUGCAUCUGGCUUCUGUUGGAGGGGAUGUCCGUUCUGUUUGUUCCCUGAUGCAGCCUCUUAUGCUGACAGUUGAUUGGUUUGUUGAGCUGCAUUAG